CGGAAUCGCUCUGAAGGGGGCAGGACAUUGGCGCUGCGACCUGGUGACGCAGGAUCCGCGGACUGAAGAAGAGAAGCCGGGACGCGCGGCGCGGAAGAGCAUCAUCGUUUCCCGGGCAGACGUUACUAAGUAACGCCCUUCAGCGGGAGUAGCAUCAGACCUUGGGUGCGGGGAAAGAGGAGGCUGCGGCGGGGGAGCUUUGAAAAGAGAAGUUGAAGCUCUUCGGUUACGGCCGGUUCUCCAGGAUCGGGACAGCUGCUCCCGAACAGGUAUUUAUUUUUUCAAUAGCUGAUCAUUGUCAUCAUGGCUACAGGAGGGAGUCCUUUUGAAGAAGGAAUAGAUGAACGCGACUUACCAAGCUGGAGCCAUGAAAGCCUUGAUGAUCGAUUGAACAAUACGAGUUGGGGAGGUCAGCCAAAGAGACCAAAUAGAUCUUCUGAAAAAAACCAAAAAAAAGUUUCUGCUGAAAGUGAAACAAGACUUACCAACGAUAUUUCUCCAGAAACUACUCCAGGAAUUGGACGAAGGAAGUCAAAGACUCCUCACACUUUUCCACAUACAAGAUACAUAUCCCAAAUGUCUGUCCCAGAGCAGGCAGAACUGGAAAAGCUUAAACAAAGAAUAAAUUUCAGUGACUUAGACCAGAGAAGUAUUGGAAGUGAUUCUCAGGGCAGAGCAACAGCUGCUAACAACAAACGCCAGCUUAAUGAAAACAGAAAACCAUUCAACUUCCUGUCACUACAGAUUAAUACUAACAAGGGCAAAGAUGCUGCAGUGAGUUCUCAGAUGCAAGAAACUGGUGUAUCUUCAAAAUAUAAAGAUUUAUUUACAGCUGCUUUGAAUAAAGAUUUGUUGCAGAAUUGUCCAAUCUCAAUUGAAGAAGAUGGUAGAGGUGAACCUGCAUUGGAUAGUAGCCAGAUUGUGAGCAGAUUAGUUCAAAUUCGUGACUACAUUGCAAAAGCUAGUUCCAUGAGAGAUGACCUUGUUGAGAAAAAUGAGAGAUCUGCUAAAGUUGAACGUUUAUCACAUCUCAUAGAUCAUCUGAAAGAACAAGAGAAAUCUUACCUGAAAUUUUUGCAGAAAAUGCUAGCUAGAGAAAAUGAGGAGGAUGGUCGGACUAUAGAUUCAGCUGUGGGAUCUGGUUCUGUAGCUGAGAGCACAUCACUAAACAUAGAUGUGCAGUCUGAAGUUUCAGAUACAACGGAGGUAUCUUUUAGUCUGAAAACUCGGCCCUGCAUUGAGGACAAACUAGGGAAUUCAGCUACUCAAGGACAGGUUUCAGACAUGGAUGUUACAGCAACUCCAAAAGGGAAAAGUGACACAACUGCCCUGAAUGGCAGAGAAAUCUGGUCUAGUAGGAUUAAUAGCCAAGAACCUGGAUUGCUCUCAAAGGCUAGAGAUCCUCAGCAAGAGGCCACAGAAGAACUUGCAAAUCUAAAGAAGCAACAUGACUUGCUGAAAAGGAUGCUACAACAGCAGGAACAAUUAAAGGCUCUUCACGGGAGGCAAGCUGCCCUGCUUGCCCUUCAGCAUAAAGCAGAGCAAGCUAUUGCCGUUAUGGAUGAUUCUGUUGUAACGGAAACCACAGGUAGCAUUUCAGGAGUAAGUCUAACGUCCGAGCUGAAUGAAGAAUUAAAUGAUUUAAUUCAGCGUUUUCACAAUCAGCUUCAUGACUCUCAGAUUCAACCUGUGCCAGAUAAUAGAAGGCAAGCAGAGAGUCUCUCUCUUGCCAGAGAAGUUUCCCAGAGCAGGAAUUCUUCUGUGUCUGAGCAUCUUUCUGAUAAGAAAGCACAACUUUUUAGUAAGAUGGUAGCAUUGCAGGGUAAAAAGCAAAAGAUGGAUAAAUUGCUAGGAGCACUGCAUACACUUCGUGACCAGCAUCUUAACAACUCAUCAUCAUUUCUGCCAGCUGCAGGAUCUCCUCAGAGGAGUAUUGAUCAAAGGAGUGCAGUUUCAAUCGUUUCUACACCUGUGGGGCCUAUAACAGCUGUCAAUGAAGAACCAAACAGCUUAGCAUCCUCAGCUGCCUAUCAUCCAGAUUCCGUAACCUCACAGAAUGACAGCGAAGAAGACAACAACUUAAAUCCAACAGAAAAGCUUCAGAAGCUGAAUGAAGUUCGUAAGAGAUUAAAUGAAUUGCGUGAAUUAGUCCACUAUUAUGAGCAAACUUCUGAUAUGAUGACAGAUGCUGUAAAUGAAAAUACUAAAGAGGAAGAAGAGACAGAAGAUUCAGACUGUGAUUCUGAACAUGAGAAUCCACAACCUGUUACAAAUAUUAGAAAUCCCCAGGGCAUCAGUAACUGGGGUGAAAUUAACUGUAAUAGCAAUUUGCAGUGUGGAACGAAUAACCGAAAUGGAAGACAUCUUAAUACAGCCUGUGAAAUAAAUAAUCAGUCUCCUAACAUAAGGAUGCCAAAUAUGCCUGCAACUUUAGAUUGUCACUAUAACAGGAAAGAAGAUGGUGUGAUUUUACCACAAGAAGAUGAUGAGGAUAUUGAUGCUGAAGCUGAUAGAAUCAGCAAAGCUUCGUUAUCCAGUCGGAGAAGCAGCAUAGCUGAUGAGGCUCCUGUAGAUGUUGAGUUUGAGCAGAAGAUUAACAGAUUUAUAGCAGCAAAGCAAAAACUGAAACAGCUUCAAAAUCUUGUUGCUAUGGUCCAGGAUGAUCAGGUGGAGCCAGAGGCUGCAGAAGAGAGUAAUGUGGAACAAUUCUUUCUGGCUGAGGAAGAAAAAGAACAGCAACAACCAAAUAAUAUUCGAACCAGUGCAAACAAAUCACAGAAAAGUGUGGGACUGAAUGAAAAAGCAAGGGAGAAAUUUUAUGAAGCUAAACUUCAGCAACAAAAGAUAGAACUUAAACAUCUUCAAGAAGAAAGAAAGAAGCUUAUAAAUAUUCAAGAAAAAAUUCAGGUGCUGCAGAAGGCUUGUCCAGAUCUUCAACUGACAUCGAGCCUGGACAAUUGUGCAGGGAAUAAUUCCAUACCAGCUGCUAAUGAAAUCAGCACAGCGAGCAAGUCUCCGAUUCAGUCAGAAGAAUUGGCGGUGGAUAGUGAGCUUUGGUCUGAGAUGCGUAGACAUGAGAUUUUAAGAGAAGAAUUGCGACAGAGAAGAAAACAGCUAGAAGCCCUAAUGGCCGAGCAUCAGAGAAGAAGAGAUUUAGCAGAUGCUGCACCUGCUGCUCCUGGAUCUGUUAAAAGUGACGGAUCAGAGACUCAGUGCACUCCCCUGCAAAGCAGAACAGAAAAAACAAUGGCAACAUGGGGAGGAUCUACACAGUGUGCACUUGAUGAAGAUGAAGGUGAUGAAGAAGUAUACUUUUCUGAUGGGCUGGCUCAAGCAGAAGAGGAGGAGGAAGAACAAGAAUCUAGUUCCAAUGAAUUGCCUAUGUGUCCCAAUAAUGUAGAUCAAAUCUCAUAUUGUGCAAAAGAAGAUAAAGAGAGCCGGAAGAAUCCCCGUCCUCUUUCAGCAGAUGGAAACUACCGUCCUCUGGCUAAAGCGAGGCAGCAACAGAACAUCAGCAUGCGACGGCAAGAAAACCAUCGCUGGAUGUCUGAGCUUUCUUAUGUGGAGGAGAAAGAACAAUGGCAAGAGCAGAUUAACCAAUUAAAAAAGCAUCUUGAAUUCAGUGUCAGUGUUUGUCAGACUUUAAUGCAGGAUCAACAGAUGCUCUCCUGUUUACUCCAGACCUUGCUUACUGGCCCUUACAGUGUGAUGCCUGGUAAUGUUGCUUCACCACAAGUACACCUUAUAAUGCAUCAGUUAAAUCAGUGCUACACUCAGUUGACUUGGCAACAAAAUAAUGUUCAAAGGUUGAAGCAAAUGUUAAAUGAUCUAAUGCGUCAGCAAGAAGAACAGCAGGCCAGAACACCCAAAGAGGAGAAAGGCAACAGGGCACCCCCACAUCCAUCACCAACUGUGCUUUGUCCCUUCAGUUUCCCUUCCCAAGCGAUGAACCUGUUUAAUGUGCCUGGAUUCACAAAUUUCUCUUCUUUCCCACCAGGCAUCAACUUUGGCCAGAUGUUUCCAUCUGGUCUGGGGGACUUUUCACACAAUUGUAAUGCUCAGAACAGUGAAUAUCAGCCAACCUUACACCAUAACACUACUGGGAAAGCUGACUAUAUGGCAUUUCCAAAACCAUUUGAAAGUAAUUCUACCUCUGGAGCAGACAACCAAAGGUAUCUGAAACCUAAUCCAAGAAGUCAGAGACAGCCUGAAGAGGAAAUGGAAAAUAGAUCAGCUUGGUUAAAUGAAUAUCAGGAAGGAGGAAAAGAGAAACAGCCAUUCCUCAGGACUGGAUUUGCAGUACCAGUGCAAAAUGCAGCAUGUAGCAAUCACAAAAAUCAACCUGACAUCAGCAGACGAAGGGAAUUUGAUGAAGAAUCUCUGGAAAGCUUUAGUAGCAUGCCUGAUCCGGUGGAUCCAACUACUGUGACAAAAACAUUUAAACCUAGGAAAGCAUCUGCACAGGCCAGUCUGGCUUCAAAAGACAAAACACCAAAGUCCAAGAAUAAGAGGAGGAGUAGUUCCCAGUUUAAAAAACGACCUAGAGCUAAUGGUUUUGAAAGUGCUAGUGUUUCUAGUACAUGUGAGCCUUACAAGAGCAACAGGAGUAGACCAACUGUGAAAGAAGAACUUGUUCAAGCAAAAGUGUUUAGUAAAAAGAAUCGGGAACAAUUAGAGAAAAUAAUUAAAUAUAGUAGAUCAUCAGAAAUGUCUUCAGCACAUGCUAGGAGAAUACUGCAGCAGUCUAACAGAAAUGCAUGCAUACAAGCACCAGAAACAGGCAGUGACCUUUCUAUGUUUGAAGCUUUACGAGACACCAUUUAUUCCGAAGUAGCUACUUUGAUAUCUCAAAAUGAAUCUCGCCCUCAUUUUCUAAUUGAACUUUUCCAUGAACUCCAGAUGCUAAAUACAGAUUAUUUGAGACAAAGAGCAUUGUAUGCUUUACAGGACAUAGCAACCAGACAUGCAUCUGAAGAUAAUGCAAAAGGAGAAUGUCCAAAGCAACUGAACUCAAGUGCGUGGCUAGGAUCAAAUUCAGAGCUUACUCCCAGUGAAAGCCUUGCAACCACUGAUGAUGAGACAUUUACAAAGAAUUUUGACCAAGGUGCUUGUAGAGAAUCUGAGCAAAAUGAUAGAGACAAUGGCAGUACUAGAUCAACAUCUUCAAAUUUUGAACCAUUUGCUACUGAUGAUCUUGGCAACACUGUGAUUCACUUAGAUCAAGCAUUGGCUCGAAUGAGAGAAUAUGAACGGAUGAAGAUAGCCACAGAGGGUAACCUUGACUCCGAGGAUGGUUGCUGCUGUAAUCUCCAGAGUGUUCCUUCUUCUAAAUUGGAAGGUUCAGAUACAGUUGAAAGCCAUUCUGCACCACAACCUACUGAAGUACCUACCAUUCCUUGUCCUCGAAUAGAUACUCAGCAGCUUGAUCGACAAAUUAAAGCAAUUAUGAAAGAAGUUAUCCCCUUUCUGAAGGAACACAUGGAUGAAAUAUGUACUUCCCAGCUCUUGACUGCUGUAAAACGUAUGGUCCUAACCCUUACUCAACAAAAUGAUGAAAGCAAAGAAUUUGUCAAGAUAUUUCAUAAGCAACUUGGUAGCAUUUUGCAGGAUUCACUGGCAAAAUUUGCUGGUAAAAAAUUAAAGGAUUGUGGGGAGGACCUUCUUGUUGAGAUUUCUGAAGUCUUAUUCAAUGAAUUGGCCUUUUUUAAACUCAUGCAAGACUUGGACAACAACAGCUUAACAGUAAAGCAAAAGUGUAAACCAAAAAUAGAAGUAGGUGGAAUGGCAUAAUCUUAUACUAAAGAGGUUAAUA